UCCCUGAACCCUUGCUCUGGUGUGCAUUGAAGGUGGACGGGCUCACAAACGGAGUCCUGCUCCGGGCUAACGACAGGUGGGACGUGGAGCAGGGCCCUGGUCUGUGGGUGAGUGGUGCCACUGGGUGCUGGAGGAGGGAUGACUGAAGGGUCCUGGUGGUGCUGGGGAUGGGAUGGCCACCUAACAUGUCCUGGCCUGGUGGCCCCGAGCAGGGACUCAGCUGCAGAAGCCUAAGCCUGCUCCAUUCCAACACAAGAGCAGCACCUGGAUGCUUCCCGCUGUGGUCAGGCAGAGCCCAGAAAUGUGCCCCUGGGGAAGGCGUAGCCAGCACUUGCAUAGAGACAGGUCCCAGCAGCGAGCUUGGCUGUCAGCUCUCAUCAUCUGUGCUUUAAGGUGUGGGGUGUCUUGGCACUCGUGAGAUGACCCUUGGCUGGCAGCAGCCAGCAGAGGAGUGGGGCUCCACGUGCUGCAGCCCCUGGGCUUCUGAAGGUGCUGCCUUUGGCUGGAGGUGGAUACCCUGUGCCUCCUACCAUGACAUAGGUUUGCUCCACUGCUGUUGGUGCUGGCUGUGUGGGAGCUGAUGGCUUCAGCAAAGCCCAUCCCACAUGUCAUCCCUGCUCUUGCUGGGGCUCAAGGAGUGUCAGCUCUUGGUGACUCCUGGUGCCCCAUCACCUCCUGGCCAUGUCUCAGAAGAACGCACACUCCUGCAGCAGGUUUCGUGAAGCAUGGCUGGGCCAAUGCAUCGCUGCUCCAGUGCAACUUCGGCCGCAGGGAGCCAGGAGCAAAAACCGCAGUCAGUGCCCAGUCAGGGCACGUCUCUGGCAGGGCCAGCACUGCGGGGGGCAGCUCCUGGGUGCUGCGCAGUGCCUGGAGGCCAGAGUGAGCAUGAGCCCCUCCUGCUGCUGCAGGACAAAAGGCUUCAUCAGAACUGCUCCAUCCAAGGACAAAACACUGCCACCACAGCCCAGGAGUCCUUGCUCCAUCCCGUAGGAGAGUGCUCCAUGUGCAGAUGUGGAUACGCACACAGACGCACCUCCAUAUGCUUGUCCUCAGGCAUACAGGGCAAAUGUUCCUCUGUGGCCAAGGCUGGCUAUUCUGCAGUGCUUUCUCCUCUGGAUGUUCUGCAGCAUGCAGGUAGCCAAGCUCAGGAGAAAAACUGAGCUUGCUGGUCUGCUGUGUGUGGUUGGAUCUCACCUCCUCAGUGCACUAUGGCAUGGCGGCGCUCCUACAGUUCAGGUCAGGGUGUCUGUUCAGGGUUUUUCUGAUUUCUAACCUGUUUGUACCACAAGAGGUGCAGGUGAAUGUGGGACUUGCACAGGGUCUGCAGGACUUUGACAUGGGCAGCCAGAUCAACCCCACCAGGGACAUGUACAUGGUGGCUGCCAAACCGCUGAGGGAGCCGUGUGCAGGUGGGGAGGAUCCCCUGCACGCUCCCCUGCCCCAUGGCAAAUGCUGCUGGCAGGGCCAUGGAGCGGGUGCUCCCUUGAGCUCUUCGCCCCUGUCUGGCACUGCUGCGCCUGUGUUGGAUAAGCUGUGCUCAGCUGCGAUGGCCAUCAAGGUCCUGGGAGCACCCCAGCUGUGGCCGUGUUUCAGGGCACACCUUGGCAGCACAGCCCCAGUACGGGACAGGACUGAACUAGUGUGGCCCUUGGGGUGGCAUUUGGGCAGCCAGGGUCUCAAGACUGUGUGUGCAUGUGUGAGUAAGGCAUGAGGUGCAGCGUGUAAAAACAAACCUAGAGAGAAAGUCUCAACAGAGAUUAGAUUAAAAGAAAAUGUAAUUAAAUACAGGGAGCAUCCUGUCUGUUACUCAACUCUCCUUGCAUAACUCUCAGGACUGGCUGCCUUCACAGAUGGCUGCUCUGCUGUCAAAGUAAUUUGCUGGGCACCUGUUGAAAAGCUGCCAGGUCAGCACAAAACUAAGUGCACCGGCAUCUUUCCUUGUAGUGAGAUUUGAAAGUCUAGAGGAAAAAUUGAUGAAAGGUCUUGCAGCUCCCCAGAUGAGCCUGCGAUGCCUCCCACCACUUAAUCCUCCCCAUGUACUCCUGUGAGUGAUUGUGAUGGGGACAAGAACGUUGCAGUGGCCCGGAGGGUCUCCAGGGCUCAGGUGGUCCCUUGUAGAGAAGGUUGCACAUCACCCCUGGGAGCACGGCGAUGGCUGCUGCUGGGCCAGAGGCAGCAGGACAGGAGCCACUGCUGUCCCUAGCCCCUCUCUAAGGCUGUGGCACUUCUCCCCUUCCCCUGCCAUUCGCGCCCAGGUCUGAAGCUCUUGUGGGCAGCCAAACGGCAGAGAGCUGCUGCAGAGCAAUACCCAGACAUGUGGUGUGCCUUUGUUUGCCUGGGUGAGCAGCCAAGUUGCAGCCCAUCUCCAGCUUCGUACCAGCUGCAGAUCCAAGGCAGCUGACUGGCCUGCCAAAAAAACAAAACACGUCGGGGACCAGGGAGUGGCUUGUGCUAGUACUGAAUAAUGAUGAUCCCAGCAUGCUUAUAAAACGACGAGGCGGAGAGCUCCCCACAGAGUUGUUCCUUGCAGCCCUGGUCUUCCGCAGAGCAUCACUCCGCCUCAUCAGCCAAGGUCCAUUUCCCGCCUGCAUCCCGGUGCAGCCAUGCUGAGCACAGCAGUGGGGCUCUCGGUCCUGCUCGGCCUCCUCGGCUUUGGGAAAAGCCAGACAUUUCACAUGGGACCAUGCCCAGAUCCACCAGUCCAAGAAGACUUUGAUAUCAACAAGUAUUUGGGGAAAUGGUACGAAAUAGAGAAGCUGCCCUCAGGUUUUGAGAAAGGAAGCUGCAUCCAGGCAAAUUACUCACUGAAGGAGAAUGGGAAGUUCAAGGUGAUCAACAAGGAGAUGCUUUCCAAUGGCAAAGUCAAUGAAGUUGAAGGAGAAGUCAUGCACAUGGAAGUAAAGGAGCCAGCCAAGCUUGGAGUCCGUUUUAACUGGUUCAUGCCUUCUGCCCCUUACUGGGUCAUCUCCACCGACUAUGAAAACUACUCACUGGUUUACUCCUGCACCAACAUCCUGUGGCUCUUCCACAUUGACUACGCCUGGAUUUUAUCAAGAGCUCCUGAGAUGCACCCAGAAACCGUGGAGCACCUGAAGAGCGUUCUCCAGUCCUACAAGAUUGACACUGAGAAAAUGAUGCCCACGGAUCAACUUAACUGCCCUCCCGAGAUGUAACUCCUGACACGCAGUGACACAGCGCUGGACCAGCAAUGAACUUCAUUGCUUCCUUUGUUAUCCAUUAGAAUUUCUCUAUGUAACAGAGAAAUGUAAUAAUCCUUUCGCUAAUGGUAGUUUGCCAGCCCUGAGUUACUCCUUGCUGCCGUUCCCUCUAUCGCUCUCCCUGCUUUUUCAUCUCGCUCUGACUUUUGCACAGUAACUGACUGAUUCAAAGAAAAUGGGUGAAGAAAAGAAACCCUGAAGCACAGGCAUGAAGCUCUGCUGUUGCUGUGAGUCCUCCAGCAUGUGGAUGGGAAAGGGUAUGAGAAGUGAUGUGCAAAUAUUAGUCCAAGGGGAAAACCUUUCAUCAUGUUCCUGCAGGUUUGUUUCCCAUUUUUGUCUUGAUGCUUCUGGGCCUGCUAGGAGUCUACAGUGUCCGAGCUACAUCGUGGACACUGCCCAGACACAGAAGGUCAGUCCUGCAGCCUGGGAACUGAGACUGGGGGUCUUUCAUGUUUUCUGGGACAGGCCUGUAGGUGUAUGUUACUGCCACGUCAGCACAUUUCCUUCCUAGAAAUCAGAUCUGGCCCCUGGUAUUUAAAGUCUGAGAAGUCUAAAAAUGUACAGAAAUUCAGCAUUGCUCCAUCCCUGGUGUCUGCAUGUGACUUACCUCAAGUGAGGCUGGUCCUGCACUCACAAGGGAUCAGCUCUGACAGUACCCGUAAGCAGACAGAGGGAGACGGGUCUGCUCCCUUGUCCUCUCCCAAGGCUUUUUCUAAACACUGAGGGACCACAGGCUCUGCCUGACAUCCUGCUCACUGCUUUUGUAUGUGCUGAGUGCCCGCUGGCACUUCAUCUGUCCUGGCAGGUGUUCACCAGCACCACGACAACUCUGCUUGUAUAGCAUUGAUGCAACUCAUUAAAAUUAAAUCAAAA